AUGAAAACUCGCCGAAUCCUCCCCGCCGCGCUACACCCGAGCAUGUCAGCAGAACCACAGCUGGCCACAACAGAAAAUGUACCUGAGAAGGAACAGAAGAGGAAACGUCAUGCACCGAUCCCCAUCCCUACCCCUCUUCCCCAACUCACCCUCCAGCACUCUAACCUCCCCGUAACGGAGGUGGACGUCAACGAACAGCCGACGAUGGAGGAAAGGAGUGGCCUUACGUGGAUCGUGAAGGACAGACCGCACAGGCAGCUGGCUAAACAGCAGCUCGUACGCCUGCAAACCGAGUCACAACGAUCCGGAGUAGGAAGACUGUCACGGGUCGUGACUCUUAGACGUCACUGGAUCACGUUCGAGAUCACGGGCGCCCGCCCGAAAUGCACGCUACGUGUCCCUGUCCCAUGGGUAGCGCUAGACAACCUCGAGGGCAUGACCCACGCCUCGAACUACGCAACCCUCCCCAGCUUGCCUCGUCCACACCCGGACUUCCGCCAUCUCCCACCCUUCAGGAACGACAAAGUCAACCCGUACGAGUUCGAAAUCCCGGAGAUCGAGCUGAAACAGCUAAACCGCCGCCUCCGGAGAAUUACGAACGACUGGAACGCGGAAGCAGAAAGAGAGGGCGAGGGCAUCGGAGGGGCGAGUAAAUCGGGAACGGUCUGA